AUGAAUUUUGACCAGAAGGCUGUGAAAUUCCUGGCAAACUUUUACAUCAAUGGAGGCAAACACUGGACCCAUGGCUCACAGGGGCAGAAGGAGCCUUCGUCCAGCCAGCUCAAGGCUGCUGCGCUCUUGGUGGGCCAGGAGCCACGGAAGGCCUGGGAUGAGGCAUGGUCCCCAGGGACCCAGGAGCUCUUGGCAGACCUCAUGGCACGACUGGGCAACCCCCAGGAGCCUCCACCUGCCUGCACCCACACUCUGAGGGAGUUGUGGCUGGAGCGGCGCCCCCCCAUCCUGACAGACCUGGAUGUUCCUGGCCCCACCAAGUACCAGCUGCCAGAUGCGUCUAUACGCGAGUCCUCCCCCCACCCCCACUACAGCAUGGGCCACAAACUCCCUGCCCGUGAGGGCGGCAGCUGCAGGGCCUGGCAGGCCACACGGCAACAGAGUGCAAAUCCCUAUGUGAAGAAAGCCGACUUCAACCAAGAGCAGAAGGGCCCCAUCCGGGCUUCUCCUCAGUCCCCAGGUGAGAAGCGGCCCAGCCCCAACACCUACGACACGCUGCCUGGGUAUGUGCUGCAGAGCCCAAGGUCACCUGCCUUCUCCGUGAGCCGUUCGCCCGCUUUCACCUCCUGGUUCCACGUCUCAAAGACCCCUGGCCCAGCUACCUACUAUGUGGAGGACUGCCACAACUCACGAUUUCCCUCAACGCCUGGCGUGAUCAUCCAGGGGGUGCGGAGACCCAAGCGCCAUGACACAGGCCCCUUCAGCACUCUCUAG